CUCACGCCUCUGCAGCCAUGAAAGAGACAGGAGACCCUCAGGUGGACACCCGACUAUUCCCUCUUUGGACGCCGCGAACCCUCCAUCACUGCCAUUACAGCAGAAUGGCACCUGGAACACUUUCUCUCCCCCUCCUCCCACUGAGAGAGUGAGUGAAUGAGCGAGUCCUUCUUCCCGCGAGUUCUUCUUCCUCUUGCUCCCUUCGCUGCCAACUCCAGCCUUUAUUGGCGCGCGGCUUCGGCGGGGAACGAGGUGGCGCCUCAAACCUGCUUCCAACCCGCGAGGCUGAAAGAAAGCCGUCGAGGAAAGCGCGGUCUCGAGGACCCCUUUCAUCUCCGCCGCUUCCCACCGCCGACUAGCCUUUUUGUGCUUUUUCAAAGGUCGCUCUUCCACCGGCGCGCGCACGCGCACUCGCCGCGCUCCCCCCCCCCCCCCGCUCCAUCUCUUCCUCCUCCUCUCCAUCCUUCAAAGGGGCUGCUUCCCCCUUGAAUUUCUCCUCCCUCCCUCCCGCCAGGCUGGUCCGUGGGAGUCCCGCAGGAUGAAGAGCGCGGUUGGGAGCCGGGGAGAGGACCUGCUCGGAGGAAACAAAUACUCUGGCUGGGAGGCUUGAAAGAUACGUGGGUGCGCCUUGAGACUAAAAUUUCUUCAAGGAUGGAAGCUUACCAGUAAAUCCUUAAUUAAGCAGAGAGACAGCUGCCAAAUACAAUAAACAGUAAGACUGAAAGAGAUUUGAACUUGAAUACAGCAGAGCAAUCUUUUACUGAAGGUGUGGAGAAAGAGCCUGGAAUUAAACAAGAAAUCAUGAAGAAACCCUGGAGUCCUAGUGGAUCCCAAGACAACAUUCACUGUACUGCAGAUUUUACUUCUUUGCACGAAAGAGAAGGUGAGCCAGAAUUAACAUCUGAUGACAGCGAGGGGAAAAAAGAAAGUGAGAAGAAACAUGCCAGUUUUACUUUAUGCAAUGUAUGCAACAUUCAGUUGAACUCUCCUGCUCAGGCACAGAUCCACUAUAAUGGGAAAUCACACCAGAAAAGAUUAAAACAGAUCAGCAACGGGAAUCUAAAAAAUGACCAUGGAGGUACAUGCCAGAGCCCUGCUCUUCCAGCCCUGGUACGUCCUCCGGCUCCACCCCUGCAGCCUUCGUUGGAUCUCAAACCCUUUCUUCCAUUCCCUCUGGACACUGCGGCAGCUGUCAAUCUCUUCCCCAACUUCAAUGCAUUUCAGAACAAGAACAUGCACAUCUCUUGGCCACAGUUCUGCAACUCAGUUAUAUCCAAAAAAAUGCCAGGGCUGGCUCUGGGUAGAGAAGAUUCAAAAGAGGUAGGGGCUAACUUUAUGGACCCAAUUCAAAAAGCUGUAAUAAAUCAUACAUUUGGAGUUCCUCUUCACCACAGAAGAAAGCAAAUCAUAUCGUGCAACAUCUGCCAAUUAAGAUUUAAUUCCGAUAGCCAGGCUGCGGCCCACUACAAAGGCACUAAACAUGCCAAGAAGCUCAAAGCACUGGAAGCCAUGAAAAAUAAGCAGAAAUCUGUUACUACCAAGGACAGCGCAAAGACUACCUUCACUUCCAUCACUACCAAUACCAUCAAUACCAGCUCUGACAAAACAGCAGACCCGACAAAAGAGGUGCCAGCAAUAUCAACAACCACAAUGGUUGAAAUUCGGAAAAGCAGUGUCAUGACAACUGAAAUCACCUCUAAAGUAGAGAAACUCCCCACAACAGCCACUAGCAGCAACACGUGUACCUUGGGAGAGACAGAGGAAGAGAAGGCCAAGCGGCUCCUUUAUUGUUCACUAUGCAAGGUUGCUGUCAACUCUGCCUCACAGUUGGAGGCGCACAACAGUGGCACAAAGCACAAAACUAUGUUAGAAGCUCGAAAUGGAAGUGGAACGAUCAAAGCCUUUCCCAGGGCAGGUGUGAAAGGGAAAGGACCCAUAAAUAAGGGAAACACAGGACUUCAGAACAAAACAUUUCACUGUGAAAUUUGUGAUGUGCAUGUCAACUCUGAGACACAACUUAAACAGCACAUAAGCAGUAGAAGGCACAAAGACAGAGCUGCUGGGAAGCCCCCAAAACCCAAAUACAGUCCUUACAACAAACUCCAGAAGGGAACGCACCCCCUUGGGGUAAAACUUGUAUUUUCAAAGGAACCUUCAAAACCAAUGGCUCCACGGAUCCUACCAAACCCACUGGCUGCUGCUGCAGCAGCUGCUGCUGUGGCUGUAAAUUCUCCCUUCAGUCUCCGAACGGCCCCAACAGCAACCCUCUUUCAGACAUCAGCACUUCCUCCAGCACUUCUUCGACCGGCCCCUGGGCCUAUACGGACCACCCACACACCUGUCCUCUUUGCCCCAUACUGAAUUCCAUGGAGGAAUUAACUGUACUGCAAUAAUUUUUCAGAGCAAGAGCAAAACAAGAACAAUGAACUAUGCAGUGUUAAUUUAUAGUUUAAGAUAUAUAUAUAUGUUAAGAAUAUGAAGAAACCAGAACAAAUUCUAAAGAGGACAAACAAACAUUUCUGUAGAUGAGAAGUCCUUUUGAAUACUGAGAGUUCUUGCGACAUGGGUUCAUAGCUAUAAAUAUAUAUAUAUAUCUAUAUAUUUUAAAAAUGUAUGAAAUAAUUUUGACUGUGCUUUUCAGCACAUAUCUCCCCUGCAAUGGCAUUUUUGCUUAUGAAACAACUAAACAGAAUUGUCUAAAGGGCAUUAACUGGCUCCAGUGUACAUAAAAUACUUAAUUCUGUAGAAUAAAAGGAGGGGGGGAAUCAAACACUGUGAAUAGUAGUAACUCUUACCAAUGCUCCUGCCAAGUCAACAUUUCCUGGGUAUUUAUCUGAGUAAAAAGUAGAUGCAAUAGCUGUCUUGUUAAACACUAGUAUUGUGUCUCUAUGUAUGCCACCAGGUUCAUAAACUGAGGAGACAUUAAUCCACCAUCUCUUUGAUAAGCCAUCACAAUGACCAUAAGUCUAGGUAUUAUCCUAGACCCACUUUUCUUGAGAAAUAAGUCAGAUGAAUAUAACAGCACCUACAUCUGAGUGAAGUUGCAGUAUUAGCCUCUUUGCUGUUUUAAAAUGGAGUGCUCAAUGGCAUUUUGGAAGAGAUAUUAAGAAAGGAAUAAUCUCAUUGCAAGUACUAAAUAAACAGCAUUGGAACUGAAGAGAACAUCUGCAAGCAAGGUGGGACUUUUGGAUUACUUUCAGGACUAUUUUUUGAACUUCAACUCCUCGAAUGCCGCAGUUGAGGGAUUCAGAGGGUGGGAGUCUUUAAAAUGUAGCAUUCUAAGCUCUGCUGUUCCAUUCUUUCCAAGCUGUAAUCCCUCUACCCUACCAACUUGCCUUGUCACAAGCCGCUUUCAGUAUUUCCCUGAAUUUCAAAAUGUAUCCUUUAGUGUUAUUCAUAAGGGUGGAAGACAUAUUGCUAAGAAAGAAAGGAAAGGUUCAGCCAUUUAUAUAAGUUCUUGUAUUCUUCUCAAGAUUAGGGUUUGUCAUCACACCAACUGAAAACAGACAGUGGCCUCAAUAUGGUUUGAUCUAGAGUAGGCCCACUAAAUCAGUUGCUGAAUAGUAAGUCAACUGAGAUCCUUUUGAUUUAGUUGGUCUACUGUAACCCAAACUAGAAAUUGGAUUUAGGGUAGUGUGUGCAAAUCACAAAGUGAUAAUUACAGACUUUGGUCCUAUAGACGUUGGUUUGGAUAGCUGCAACCAGUGGUGGCAUAAGCAAAAGAACCCAGACCUUGCUUUCAAACCAAGGUUGACAAGGAUUUUUUUUAGUAAAAACUGGUUUGGGAUAGUGUGCAUGUCAGGUGUACAGAUUAGGCACCAUGAAUCUAAUAUGAACAUGUCAUGGUCUCCAGUAAAUGUGUGGGAUCUCAAGAGGUCAUAUGUUUUGAUGACAGCCAAUUCCUACCAAGGGCCAGAAAGAUUUACCAGCACAUAGCAUACUAGCUGUGGGUUUGGUCUAAAAAUGUUACCUUUUCCAAAGUCUCUUCUCACCUCACUGUCUAAUACUAGUAUUUACUCUGUUUUGAUAUCAAAGCUUUUCCCCACAAUGUGGAGGUGUUAUAAUUUGAUGAAUCAGUGAUAAUUUCCUGUUGAGAAUCUUUAGUCUUCGCUGACCAAACCAGAACCCUAGUCUAUUGUGGGAAAAAGAAAUGAAAGUGAAAUCUAUUUAAAAUAGUAGAGGACAUAAAUUCCCCCAGAUGUAAUAUGGAAGUUAUAUACUAUGUAUUUCAGCAGCUAAUAAUAUAUCUGGUAAUCACUUGCAAAGACCUCUGUCAAUUAAGGACUGGAGUGGACAAAGUUCAAGUUUGGGACCAUACAUAGCCCCCAGGGUUUAUUUGCUAAUUUGUUGUUUGGUUGUACGUAGACCAGUGGUGUACCAUGUGGUGGGUGCUAAGGAUGGGCAAAAAUACUAUAGAUGUAGAAGCAUAUCUUUUUGAACAAUUCCAUGCUGACUGGGGAUUUGAGAAGCUGUGUUCUAAAAAGGUAUUUUUGCUAACUUUGUUGGUGCUCAAUUACAGCAAAGGGACCCACUUAAGAUUUGUAAUGUACUUCUUUUUAUAUCACAAUAAUAGAAGCAUUACAGGACAAAGAAGGCACAUUUCUCGGGAGGGUUGUGUAGGAAGGGUGCACUGCACAUUGCUGCUAGUGCUAUGAUAAAAUUUAAAGAGUCGCAAGAUAAAUCAUAUGAGAGCAGCACACACACUUUAUGGAAUAAUCUCUUGAAGGACUUCGGUUCACUGUGAGGUUUUUAAAAAAUGAAUUGUUGAUCUAUAAAGCUUUAUUGUACAUACAGUAGAGUUAAAAUAAUUUAUAUAUAAAAUAAUAAUUAUAUAUAUAUUAAACAUAUAUAUAUAUAUAUAUAUAUAUAUAUAUAUAUAUAUAUAUCCCUUCAGUUUUAAAUAUGGGUCAUAAAGUGGCUGGCAACAAACAGCAGAGAAGGUGAAAAGGAAAGGCACAUGUUCUGACUCUCUGAUAUUUGCUGCUGACAUUUUUUUUUACCAGAGAGAGUUACAGAGGAUAUUAUAAUAAGCCAAGAAGGUCUGUUCAGCCAUAUUCAGCCAUACUAAGAAACAGCAGCAUUGCCUGCAAGUAGAUUUUAGCUAUAAAACGUCACUCAUGUUUUAACUGAAAUGAGAAGCAGGAGCUUAAACAAAAAUUUUAAAAAUGAAAGUGACGCAAAACAUUGGCCAUAGAUUUGCUAGAUUCAUGUGUCUUUUUCUUAAAUUAGCAUUUGGAGUUUAUUAUCCUUACUGUGCUUUUCCAAAGAGUUAUUCAUGGCUGGUUUGAUUUCAUUUUUGAGAAUGUGUAUGCAUGACUCUACAUACACAUUCAUUCGUUUAUAUACAUAAUUAUAAAAUAAAAGCAGGAAGAGGAAAAAUUAUGAUGCUACAAAAAUAAAGAUUUGGAUCCAAACUUGUCCUUCCAUGAUCAGAAAGAGAUAUUUUGCUUCUAGAAGGGGUCCCUCCUUUUUUGUGGCUUGGAUCCAGUGGAGACUCCCCUGAAAGGCAGUGGGGUAGAGCAAAGUUUUUCACCAAUUAUCACAUAAACAACCCCUGACAUACUAUUUUUCCCAUUGCUAUAAAGGGUAUCCUGAUGCUAUGGAACAGAGUUUUGUAUGGCAUAUGGCAAGGUUGGUUUAAGCACAGUGCGGAAGUCACAUCUAGGUCCCAAAUCUAUUGUUUUGGCAUUCAACCCCCAUCCCCACAGUGACUCUUUUUUUCUAGCAAAAAAAAACAACAACUCUACAGAUGGAUUUUCUCAGAUGAAAAUCUUCAGGAAUUUUAAUCCACCUUUGAAAUAAUUUUCAGCUCCCUGAUCUCAUUUGACAUUUUGAAAGCCCACUUUUACUAUGACAUUUCUGGGCACUUUCUGUUUUUGCUUUGUUUUGGCAUAUCUGGUAGUCAAUGUGGACCCUGGAGUGACCCAUGAGGCAAAUAACAUCCCUUGACUAUCUACAAUUCAAACCCUUAGCAAUGGAUUAUAGGAAAAGGGAUUAUCAGUACUUAGAACAUAUGAAUGAAAUUCAACUAAGAAAAUUCUGGAUCCAGCCAAAUAUGUGCCUCCAAACCCAAAGAGUCACAUCUGUCAAUUAUGUGUUAUUUUUAAAAGAUUGCUCUUAAUGAAUUAUUCAGAAAUAUUGUAUCCAUGCUACUUGCAAAUGUUUGUGCCUUGAAAUUUAAGCACCCCCCCCCCUCCCACCAGCCACAACUGGCUAUUUCAAUCUUUAACCAGAGGUAGGACGUCCAUCAAGGAUUUUAUAUGUGUAUAUGAUUUUGAUAUUCUUUCAUUAGGCAAAUUGCUCGAGACCUUUAAUAAUAGGAGGCUAAAGCUAAAUUUCAACAUUCGUACUCCAAGAUACUGAAAAUUCAUUAGUUCCAGGCUGAAUAGCAGAUUUAUUCCAAAACACUGGGACUUUGCAAUAGCACUUUUGUAAGCAAAAUGGUUAGACUGCAUUAAUUAUGCCAGUAGCAAACACCAAUUCAAAAUAAAACCUUAAGGUAUAACCUUAAAGCCUGAGCAUAUAGUGUAUUUUGCUGAAUUGCUACUGACCAUAACCUUUCCACAGGGUGCUGUCUCUGCUUUGGCUAUAAUGUAAAGGGAAAAUCAAAAUUUCCACAUUUUCAUUUUCCUCUUCCUUUCCAGCAGCCAAUGAGAACAUGAAGUGAGAGGGACUACUGACAUAACUGCAGGGAGGAGAUACAAGAUGUUAGUCAAAGGAUGAUUUUCUGUAUGGAUUGAGAUUAUUGUUGGUGCUAUCUCCAUGGCAAAUGUAAGAUCUGCUCCAGGAAUCUGUUUUAUCCUUUCAUAAUGUAGCUAGGGGUGAUGUCCUCAGAUCUCUGGCACAUACAUGCUAGUGGUUUGCCAAACCAAGCUUUGUGAAUCUUUAUAGGCCCAUGGGGCCUUUCUUUGUGGUCAGACCCAAGCCAUAGAAUAUUAGGGGUGAUCCAAAAUCAGGUUGUCCUGGAAAGACCUUUUUGCAGAUGAAAUAAUAUGAAGAAAUGCAAAUGUGAUGAAGACAUGUGUGAGCUGCUGGAGAUGUGCCACCACCCUGUCAAAAUGCUAAUGAAUAAAUUUGUUCUGACACAUGUGACCUGUGGCCUGUAUGGAGGCACAGUACAAAUGGCACAGAUAAUCACUGUUUUUCUAGAAAUAAAGAGUCAUUCCUACUCUUUCCAUCAGCUGGUCCAUACUAUCUUAAGUUGCUUGAAACUUUUCUUUCUUACUAACUUUCUUUCUUUCUUUGGCAUUUCCACUUCUGUAUGCAAACAUUUUUCUCUCACCUACAAGUCUCUCCUAGACUUCAGCUGUAAGCAACAAACAAUCCUUUCUAUGUCUCUUAUUCACUACCUAAUAAAGGAUGAAGCCUAAAUGUUAAGAA